AUGCCACAGCUCUUAGCCAUCAGCUACGAGAAAGGGGCUGGGAUGUGCAUCACCGACUUCUUACCCAGGGCAUUUACUCUGGCAGUUUCCGCUCAGAACCACGUCCAUUCCCUGCAGCCUGGCUGCGGGGGUGGGGGGGAAGGAGGAGAACAGCUGCACUGCACAGCUGGAAAGGCGCCCCCUGAGUCGCAGAGAUCAGGGGAGUCGCCCCCUCGUCAGGGGGUCUCUGCCGGGAGCUCCGUUCCUGGGGAAACAGCGGAGCAGGGGGUCUCUGCCUCUGCAGGCCCCAGGGACCCAAACCAGCAGACCUCCACGGCCACAUCUGUCACCAGCCACUCCUCCACCCGCGGCGUGCAGCCUGCGGCCUCCAACCGCCUGUGUGCACAGCCCCCAGGGGAUCCACCCGGCGCGGGCGUGAAGAGAAAGCGCUCGGCACGUGUCAGAGAGGCCGAGGGGGAGGGAGAAGAAAAGUCCCUGUUCUACAUGAAGAUCAGGGCCGUGAACGGCGUCUCGGUGGCCUGGGAGACCGGGGCUGGCUUUGGAACCAUUAGGAAGCGCCCCCGCAUCUUUAAGGCCAAUUACAGGGGAGGAGAAAGCUUUGCCGGCUCGGACCUGAGCAGCUCCCACACCAGGUCCGAUCUGGGGGACGUGGACCCCGAGUCAGAGAGCGGCGCGGGGGGGCCAGCAGAGGAGGCUCCGCAGCAGCCGAUGGGAGCGCCCCCUGAGUGGCUCCUCACCCCCGAGCAGGGCCUGCGCUGCCUGGCCUGCUGCCGAGUCUUCCCCAGCCUGGAGGCCCUGACCCAGCAUGUGAAGCAGGGGCUGCGCGAAGGCUUCAGCUGCCGCGUCUACUACCGGGUGCUGGGGCAGCUCAGGGCGGGAGAGCCGCCCCGGAAGAGACGGCGACGUGGGGGCCGCGAGUGCAGCAAGUGUGGGGGAGAGAUACGGCGCCCACGCAAGGCUGCCAGAUAG